AUGAUUUCUAAGGACACGGGCCCCGCUCCAGGCCUGGACCUGCAGCGAUUCUGUUUCAAGCAUAAGAAGUACAAAUGGAUGGUUCCAUCGUCAACUGUGCUCAGUCCGGCUCGAUUCUCAGCCUUCAACGGGCUGACGAGCCCUUCUCAUCAUCGCACCAUGGGGAAAGCCCGCAGCAACAAGACUAACAAGAAGGCUUCAGUCACUGACAAAACAGCCGUUAUGUCACCCACCCCUGCGGUACCUGAGAAGGAUCCUGCUGACAAGAGCUGUGCGCCUCCCGCCUCCUCGUCGUCAGCGCCUCUUGGCCCUUUUGAGGAUUUAUCGGAUCUGCAGACCAAGACUGACCUCAAUAGUGUACAAGGUGGCGAAGCUGCUGAUGGUGUCACUGAUCCCACCGGCAAGGAAGGUGGUGAAGAGGUCGCUGAAGGAGAGGCUGAUGCUGUUACAGCCGAGCAGGAGGAUGAUGAUGUCUCGUCGGACCAGGCUCCAGACGAUGACGAGGACGGUUAUCUGAGUGAUGACUCUGAUGAACACCUGGAGAAACCUGAAGUCAAGCGUACUGCUUUAACCGUGGCUGCCUUGCUGGAAGAGUGGAAAGAGCUGUUGACGCCAGAUGCGCUGCAAACAACAACUUACCAGGAGCUUUCACCGACCUAUUUUUCUGGUGCACGUUAUGGUCGUCUUCAGGUCACUUUCAACCAUGUCCGCGAUGCAAAUUACGAUGCGUUCCGGAGUCUCCACCCGACACGCAAGGAGUACACCUUCUUCUCUAUAUCUGCAAGGACAAGUACACGGAUAGACAGGGUGUUAGUCUCCCUCUCCCUGCUCGGGUCCGUAACGGAGGCUAAGCACAGUAUGGUCCCCUAUGGCUUGACCGACCAUUGGUUUGCGGCGAAGGUGGUGCUCAGAGCGGCGGCAGCGGAUGAUCACGGACCUGGUUUGUGGAGACAUCAGUCACCCCGACCCGGGGGAGAAGGGGUCAGGAACAUCGUCUCAGCGGUGGUGACGGCGCACAAGGAAGGCUCCGACCAAAGCCUGGAGAAGCUUGUGAUGAACCUACGAUGGGGUAUGCGGGCUCACGUGACAGAGGAAAGAAAGCGGGUGAGGGCGACCUUGGUACAUCUGGAGCGGAAAGUGGAAGAACUGCGAUGGAGAGUGAUGGCAGAUGCCAAAUCACAAGACUUAUACGAGGAACUGGUCAAGGCUGAGGCUGCGCUCAAGCUCUAUCAAGACAGUAACAAGGAGAGGCUGCAGGUCAUGACUGGGAUGCUGAUGGAGCUGGCGAGCGAGACCCCCUCGGGUUUUCUGUCGGGGUUGGUCAAGUCGAGAAAGGCAAAGACGGAGAUCCUGGAGUUAACUUACAAGGGGGUGCAGCGGAAAGGAGCGAAGGAAGUGUUACAGGCGGCCUCAGAGCAUUUCAGAGAAGCGUACGCGGGGUCAUCACCAAACCAUACCGUGGUGCCGUGGCCAAUCGAUGAGAACAAGAAGCUGCAGGAGACUGACAUACUUCGGCUCUGUGCGGAGUGGUCGGAGCAGGAGGUGAAAGUAGCUCUCAAAGGUCUGCCGGCGGGGAAAGCUCCAGGGCAGGAUGGCCUACCGAAGGAGUUUUUUGAGCAUCACCGGGAGCUGCUCGGCCCGGCUGUGAUGCAGGAGGUGAAGCGCUUUGAGUCGACGGGGGUACUCUCGGAGGCUUUCACGACUGCGGUUACCAUCCUGCUACACAAGAAAGGAGACAGAUGUGACUUGGGUAACUACAGACCGAUCACGCUACUGAGUUUCUUCUAUAAGCUGCUGGCGAAAGUGAUGGCGAACAGAGUCAAGCAGGUCUUACCAAGGGUGAUCUCGGACAAGCAGUUCGGCUUUCUCCCGGGGAGAAGUCUGGCUGAUGCGGUCUCGCUAGUAGCUGAUGUAAUCGAUGCAGCGGAGGAGGAGGACGAGGAUUGGUUGCUGCUGCUGGUCGACUUUCAAAAAGCUUAUGAUUCCGUGUCACGGGAAUACCUGUUCACGACGCUGUACAACAUGGGAUUCCCAGAGAAGUACGUGGGUUGGGUGAGAGGGCUGCACGACAACGCGGCAACCAGGAUGCUGCUGAACGGAUGGGUUGGCGACCGAGUGGCGAUGGACAAGGGCGUGCGCCAAGGCUGCCCGCUCGCCCCAUACCUCUUCCUCUGCGCGGUGGAGCCGCUCUGCCAAGAAAUAGGAAGGAGGAAUCUGGGGGUUCGGAAAAGAGGGGUGAAGGGGGAGCUCGCAUAUAUCGGGUACGCGGAUGAUACAACACUUGUUCUGCGAGGGAAGGAGCAGGUGGCUACAGCGGGAAAGCUGCUCGACGAAUUUGCAGAAAUUUCGGGGCUGAGGGUAAACAGCAGCAAAACGACAUUGAUGCCGUUGGGGAAGAACAAGAGAAGGCUGCAGCCGAUAGAGUCGCCUUUCACAUGGGCUGAUAAGGGCAAGUCGGAGCGGCUGCUCGGAAUCUGGAUAACUUCAGGGGGGUCGCCGGGCCCUGCAUGGGACAAAGCGUUUGAAAAGGUCAGCGCGGUUUUGAGCUGCUGGGAGUCAAAGCAUCUCAAGACAUCGGCGAGAGUCACAAUCAUCAACAGCUACGCGAUGCCGAUCCUGCUGUUCCAAGCGCAGAUAUACGCCCCGCCGUACGACAUCUCGACCAAAGUAAAAAGACUGUGUCACAAUUUCAUCUCGGGUGGAAAGGCGCUCCUCGACAGACACUUCAUACUCUGGAGUUAUGACCUGUCGUGCAGAGGGAGGAAAGAAGGAGGUCUGGGAGUAAUUGACCUGAAGCAGAGGAUUGACAGCAUCGUGAUACAAAAUUUGGGAAAAGUUUUGGCAGAGCAGGUGCCGCUGCGGAAUUGGCUGUGGGAAAGGGCAGCCGGCUUCCCGCUCGGCCUGGCCACGAUUUAUGCCCACCCCUCAGUGUUGAAGCACUGGCUGGGAGGAGGCACGAGGUGGAAGGCAGCAGUGAAGGCGCUUUGGGAGUCAAAAAUUGUGACCAUGGGUGAUCCUGCACACAGAUGGGACGCGGAGGAGGAGCAGCUGCUUUUUAACCGCAAGAUUUUCUUCAGGGGUGGCUCGCCUUUCGGAAACCAAGCAGGCUCACUCUGUCUGAAGGGGGUCCGUCUGGGAGACCUGGUGGACAAGGGCUCAGAUGGUAGCAGGAGCCUUAAGAGUGAGGCGGUCCUGGAACGAGAACUGGGAGGGGUGGAUCAGAGGAAGUGGGCUCUCAAGGCCUGGGAAGCAUCCCCCCAGGGAUGGAGGGACUUGCUGCUCAAUCCGUUGACGGCGGAAGAGGUGUUCAGGGAAACAACGCUGCUCUGCUCACCGUCAUAUCGGCCGGGAAAAUUCCUUUACUACCAGCUAGAACACGUGGCGGACGGCGUUUUGUACGGAAGGAUGGUGGAGGUAGACAAAAAGGGCUUCAUAUCGGAGAUGAAGUAUGCUGACGUGACGACGGUGAACUUCCUACGAGCUACGCCCAUGGCGAGGAGUGGCACGGCGACGGGUUUUCCGGAAGCAGCAAUCAUUUCGAUUACAGCACAGCAAGUGUGGCUGGAAAGAUGCAACGCGGUGUUUCGGGGCAGUCGCUUUCAGGCGAAAAGAGCUCUGAGGCACAUCGCGGUUGGUUUCGCAAGACACGUGAAUGUAUACAGCAGAGUGCGGAAACGGUAG